UGACUCCAGCAUUAGUGGUGAUUUAAUCGAGAUCUGGCAACCCUGCUCUUAGCUACGCUAGCAGGACCGACCACACUGCGCACAUGAGCACGGGAUUUCACAAACAUCAAAACAAACACCUUUUCUAUUUGAUAACGGAGAAGGAGACGCUGGGCAGAUCCUGGUACUGAUCAUGGAUUAUGGGAGGCGGAGCGGGUGCUGUGAUCGUACGGGACGUACGGAAAUCAAGGAUCACGAUUACAGAGAUGUGGACUACCGCGGAUAUUCGCACGACAGCGGAUAUAACGAAAGCGACGGCUUGAAUAAAGAGCGACAGCACGGACACGCCGAUUUCGACGACAGUCGCUUCCGAGCGCGAGGGAACCGCGAGAGCGGAGACGGACACCGGCGAGGUAGCGGCUUUUCAAAUUCCCACACGCACGUAGAGCAGGAGGAAAGAGACUUCCGGUUCGAGGAGGAACACGACGCGCGAGACUAUGAGCGCUACAGACGCAGAUCAGAAGAGUGGAGGAGAGACGGAGGACAAGCAGAGGAGGAGAAAUAUUCUAGAAGUGGCGGAUCACGAAGACAGCAGUGCGGAUGGAGGGAUGAGGAUGGAGAGAUGGGUUACAGGACGGAGUCGAAUGCGGAGGACUCUGAGCUGCGUGAUCGGGAUUAUAGAGGUGAAGACCAGAAACCAAGCAAUAUCAUCAUGCUGAGGAUGCUACCACCCGAUGCCACCGCCAACGAGAUUCGAGCCCUGCUCCAGGUUCAGGGGAUUCAGCCUCGAGAUGUUCGUUUGAUGAGGAACAAAUCCUCAGGUCAGAGCCGAGGAUUCGCCUUCGUCGAGUUUAAUCACUUGCAGGAGGCCAGCCGCUGGAUGGAGACCAACCAGAGAGUGCUCACUGUUCUGGGACACAGAGUGUCUAUGCACUACAGUGAUCCAAAGCCACGCGCUAAUGAGGACUGGCUCUGCAACAAGUGUGGAGUGCAGAACUUCAAACGAAGGGAGAAAUGUUUCAAAUGUGGAGUUCCAAAAUCAGACGCUGAGCACAAACUGCCCAUGCUGCAAAAAGACGUAACCCCGAGGCAGUCAAAGGAUUCCUCACAGGGCUUACUGCCUCUUCCUACCAUCUAUCAGUCAGCCACUCCUCUGCUCAACAUCUCCGCCUCAUCUCAGACUGCAGAGGCAGCAAACGACACCCUAAUCCUCAGGAAUCUUGGUCCUCACACCACACUGGAGGCCAUUUUGUCAUCUCUGGCGCCGUUCGCUACGCUCUCUUCCUCCAACGUUCGGCUCAUUAAAGACAAACAGACGCAGCUGAAUCGUGGCUUUGCCUUCGUACAGCUCACCACCAUCGUGGAGGCAUCUCAGCUGCUGCAGAUCCUUCAGGCUCUUCAGCCUCCGCUGUCCAUCGAUGGGAAAAGUGUGACUGUGGAGUUCGCCAAGGGCUCAAAACGAGAGGUAUGUGCGACUGACAGCAGUCGAGUGAAUGCAGCGACAGUAGCGAGUACAGCCAUUGCUGCGGCACAGUGGGCUGUUUCUCAGCUGUCUGCAGGAGGAGAUGUGAGUGUGUACCAGCAGGGGGCAGCAACAUCUACAUUCAUGCAGCAGAGACCAGAAGGAGUUGCUGCAGAGGCAGUCAGCUAUCAAGGGGCUGGUGCUGUUAUAAGUCCUGUGACCAGUUCUGCUCCAGGGUUAAUGGGUGUCUAUGAAGGGGGGAGCAUGACGGCAGCAUCUUUGGUUCCCACGGUAACCGAAGGUGCAGCCGUUAGUUCUGCGCACAUACAGACACAACCACAGGUUGUUAGCACACAGCCAAACCAGGUUGAGAUUGUAGGAAAGCCUCAGCCUGCCACCCCAGGAACAGCGCAUGAACGUCAGCAAUACCCUGAUCCUGAUGUGUCCACAUAUCAAUAUGAUGAAAGCUCAGGUUAUUACUACGAUCCCCUGACUGGACUUUACUACGAUCCCAACUCCCAGUAUUACUAUAACCCUCACACUCAGCAGUACAUGUACUGGGACGGAGAAAAACACACUUACGUCCCUGCGCCUAAUGAUGGCUCUGAUCCUGCUGCCACGGCUGCGACCUCUGACCUCUCCUCUUCGACGAAGGACAAGAAGGACAAACCCAAAACCAAGACCGCACAGCAGAUCGCUAAAGACAUGGAGCGCUGGGCUAAAAGCAUGAACAGGCAGAAGGAGAGCGUUCGCUCGGCCUCCUCCGCUCUCACACAGGCUCGACUCGCAGACGAGCGCCGAGAAUCGGCCAGCGCCGACGCUGGAUACGCCAUUUUGGAGAAGAAGGGUGCAUUGUCAGACCGUCUGCAGAUUCUGACGGAGCACAUACAGCAUCCUGAAGAAAGAGAGAGUCCUCCUCCUCAGAGUUCAGUGUCAGUGUACAGAGGAGAGACGGAUGGAGAGGAUGGUGGAAGAGGAGGAGAGAGGGACGAGAGGUUGACAGACUGGGCUAAACUGGCGUGUUUACUCUGCAGGAGACAGUUUCCCAGUAAAGAGGCUUUAAUCAGACACCAGCAGCUCUCGGAGCUCCACAAGCAAAAUCUCGAGCAGAGAAGAGCAAGACAGGCACUACAUGAGAGCAUGGAGAGCCAGAUGAAAUACAGGAGUGACACACCGGAUGCCAAAAAGAGGAAAUACAGCCCUAUGUGAUCGCUUGCGCACACACACACACACACACACACACACACACAGUGAACAGAAUCAACUUCAUGAGCCAUAAUUAACACUGAGUGUUAGGUGCAGGAGCGCAUUCAGAUCCAUUUAUUUUUUAUGUUUAUUUUUUUUUUUAUUUUUCGUCAUCGCACACGAACACCUCAUCUCACUUAGUGUCAAAUAAUCGCAUUCUUCAGUAAUAAGAAUCCACUGAGGUAAAUCUUGUGUGUGUGUAACUGAAAGAAAAAACCUUCACCACAGUGUGGUGUCUUAAAAAAUCUCAGCCUUUUAUUUUCCAGAAAAAAAGUGUAACAUUGACAAUAAUCAGAAAAUCAUUUAUGUUCAUAGUUUAUAUUUUACAAUUUUUUUUUUAUUUUAUUAAUUUUUAUUUUUAACUUUUUUUUCUUUUUUUUUUAACUUUGUCACUUUCAUAAAUCCUAGUCAUUAUUACAAGUGUCUGUUUUUAUUUUUAUUUUAUUUUUAUUUUUUUUAAAAAAAGGAAAACUUUUUAGCUGCCAUAUAAGUGAUUUAUUCUAGAUAUUUUUAUUUGAGGUAUAGUAAAAAAAAAAAAAUUCAUUAUUUUAUUUUAAAACAUGCCUUUUUAAAAACAAAAAAAAAUAAAAGAAA